AUGCCGGACAUGAAGCAAGCGACUGACCAUCUCCAACCAAUCGAUCUCCCAUGCCAGAUUGGCUUGUAUUAUCCCGGCCGCCAAGGUAGGGUGGGUGUUCAAGAUACCCCUGAAAACCCGAUCAUUCGUGCCGAGAGACUUCGUCUCCGCCGGUGGCUCUCCACCAAUAUCGACAUUCAGUGGAACAAGCACGUCAAGAGCAUCAACCACAACGACCAGGGCGUCCAAGUCUUCUUCCAAGAUGGCAGCAGCGCCAAGGGCGACAUUUUGGUCGGAGCGGACGGCAUCAACAGCGUGGUCCGCGAGCAACUGCUCCAGACUCCCAGCUCGGCCCUCCUCAAGACGGUCCCCCUGGCAGCUAUCAUUGGCGAGGUGACCCUCCACGGCGACGCCUUCAAGCGCCAGCUCGAGCUAGGCCACUCAGCCUACAUUUACGUCGCCCCUGACCUCGGCUGCUGGAUGUUUGGCGGUCUGCACCACGCCCUCCCCGACGGCGUCUCCGGCAAACACUACUGGAUGCUCAUGAAGCCCGAUCCCACCGUCGCCGACCCCAACCACUGGCUUCAGACUGCUACCCAGCAGGAGAAGCUCGAUUACGCUUUGGCCCUUGUCGCGAAGCUCCCGCCCAAGUUUAGGGAGAUCUACGAGGCCACGCCCGCAAGCGGGAUCAAGCAGGAGAGUCAUGUGUGGAGGGAUCUUGAGCUGGAGAGUCUGCCUGCCGGACGGGUCGUUUUGCUUGGUGAUGCUGCUCAUGCCAUGACGCCGUUCCGUGGUGAGGGGGGGUAUAAUGCGCUGAUCGACUCCAUGAAGCUGGCCAAGAUACUGGCAGGCGUGGAUGGGAGUGAUAUUGACGCUAUCAAGAAGGCAGUAGAGGAGUAUAACAAGGAGAUGCUUGAGAGGGGCGUGGAGGCUGUUCGUGCUUCGAGGGGUGAACAGAGUGCUCAGAAGACCAAGAGCGCAAACGCAAAGGUCAUGAGUGCUGGGCAGGAGGCGCGGGUUUUGCCGGAAAGGGAGAUUGUUUUGACGGCCAGGGGCUGA